AUGUAUAUCAAAGUUGAGGUCAAAGAGGAAGUAGAGGAGACGACUGUGAUGGGUUGCCCACAAACUACAGAGAAAGGUGAAGAACUGAAAGACUUUAAAGUUGAGGUUAAAAGGGAAGAAGAAGAGAUGCUGGUCAGGGGAGCUCAGCAGUCUAUGGAGGGGGGUGGUCUCCCAUAUUCCAAGAAAUUCACAGAGGAAGGUCUAACCUACACACAUUAUGAUCAGGAUGAAGAACCGAAAGAAAUCUACACUGAGGAUAAAGAGGAAGAAGAAGAGAGGUUGGUGAGGGGAGAUCAGAAGUCUAUGGAGGAGCGGGAGAUGAUUAUGAAAAGUAAACAGGAGGAAUCUUCUCUACAUAUGGACACAAGAGGACACAACGUCGGGAACGCCUCUAAGGAACAUCUCAUUGUAUCUCCAGAUUUUAAAGCAGAAGACAUCCACAUAGUGAAAUAUUCUCCAUCUCCAGGAGUAAUUCCCGUCACUCAAAUCGUACAUAACGGAUCUUACCCUUCGGAGGGAUCCAUUGAUCCCUCUCAUUCUGAGGAACCUUCUGAUAAUAUAAACACUGGAACUCCAGAUCUCCAUCUACCAUCUCACAUCGAGGAGAGGCCAACAGACCCAUCUGGCCCCAAGGAGUCGUCUUUUAGCCACGAAGGAGUUUACACAGGAGAGCAUUCCUUGUUAUGUUCUGUGUGCGGGAAAUCCUUCACUGAAAACAGAAAACUUCUUAGACACCGGAGAAUUCACAUAGAUGAGCGUCCCUAUUCAUGUCCGGAGUGCGGGAAAUGUUUAACUGUAAAAGAGAAACGUAAACACCAAAGAAUACACACAGGUGAGAAUCCUUUGUCGUGCUCCGAGUGCGGAAAAGGUUUCACUGAGAAAGUAAAACUUCUUUUGCACCAAAAGAGUCACACUGGUGAGCGUCCUUAUUCAUGUUCAGAGUGCGGGAAAAGUUUCAUUCAAAAGGGUAACCUUCUUAAGCACCAGAGAUGUCACACGGGUGAGCGCCCUUAUUCAUGUUCAGCCUGUAGGAAAUGCUUUUUUGAGAAAAACGCACUCGUUAUACACCAGAGAAUACACACGGGCGAGCGGCCCUAUUCGUGCCCAGAGUGCGGGAAAUGUUUUGUUCAGAAAGGAAACCUUCUUAAGCACAAGAGAUCUCACACGGAGUGCGGAAAACGUUUCUUUCAUAAAGGAGACCUUCGUAAGCACCAGAGAAACCACACGGCUGACCGAUCUCAUUCAUGUUCAGAGUGCGGGAAAUGUUUCAAUCAGAAAGGAAAUCUUCUUCGACACCAGAGAGUUCACACGGAGUGCGGGAAAUGUUUCACUGACAAGAAUAUACUACUUCUACACCAGAAAAUCCACACAGGGGAGCGUCCCUUUUCAUGUUCAGAGUGCGAGUGUGGGAAGUGUUUCAUUCAGAAAAGAGACCUCUUUAGACACCAGAGAUGCCACACAGGUGUGCAUCCUUUUUCAUGUUCGGAGUGCGGGAAAUCUUUCACCGACAAAAACGUACUUCUCCUCCACCAGAAAAUUCACACGGGUGAGCGGGACUAUUCUUGUUCAGCGUGCGGGAAAUGUUUCAUUCAGAAGAAUUCACUUCUUCGACACCAGAGGAUUCACACGGGCGAGCGUCUCUAUUCGUGUUCGGAGUGCGGGAAAUGUUUCGUUCAGAAAGGAGACCUCGAUGACCACCAGAGGAUUCACACGGGGGAUCGCCCUUUCGCAUGUUCAGAGUGCGGGAAGUGCUUCAGUUACAAGAAAUCACUUAUUUCCCACCAGCGGAUUCACAGGGCGCAGCCCAUCAGGAAUAAAUCGGAACUGUUCUGA